UGAUGAAAUAUGAAUAUUUCUUAGAGAACACUUCUGAAAAAAACAAGCGUUUUAAACACUGAUAGAUGCGCAUUCAUGCACUGAAAACUUUACACUGACUGCUGGGGCAAACAUCUGUAAAUAAUUGUGGCACAUCUCCGUGGUACUCCCCCCUCUUUCCCCAGGUGUUUUCUCUUACUUUUCUCAUAAUUGUGCAGUCACUGGGUUAGUUUUAAUAAAGUCUUUCACGUGAUUUAUAGUUUCCUCACGGUGUUUGGCAGCGAGAUCCACUUUAGUGAGUGUGUGGAUCCACGGGGAGGAGAGAGUUUGUGAGGAAAGCGCCCUCUCCUUUGCCUCUCCUCUUUUCACAGACAGACAGUGGAGAGGUGGACGUGGGAGUCAGCAGCAGUCGGGUCCAUGUACUCCCUAAAUGGACGUUUCGUGUUUUCUUGCCAUCGGAUCGCAUUAUAUUAAAGAGGAGCCGUGCGUCUCAGUCCUGCAUCCGUGAGAGGCACGGACCGUGAAGGCAUCACAGAGAGAGAGAGAGGACCGUGAAGACAGCACAGAGACGGAGAGGAAAAGGAGGGACGCACUUCGACUGACUCAAGAAAGCUUCUGGUCCGACAGACUGAGAACACAUUCAUUGAAAUAUGGGGUGUAGGCUCCCAAAGCUGCGGAAGACAGAAGAGAGGCGAAGCCCAGGAAAUAUCUACUCCACGCUCCGACGGCCUCAGGUGGAGACUAAAGUGGGUGUGGCAUACACCUACCACUUCCUGGAUUUCCUGUUGGGGAAAGAAGAGGUGUCGGUGUCAUCGGUGCUUUGUCUUUCUUCGGUCAGAGAGCUGCCGGUUCAGGUCAGGGAACUCUACGCCCAGGGAUUUGUCCUCGUCUCCGUGCAUCCCUUCGUGCACCCCUGCGGCCCUCGCCAUGCACACAUCCAACGCCAGCUUCACCGGGCCGUGCUGGUCAAAGAGACGCCAAGCUCAGAGAAAAGCCAAAUGAAGUGCGCGAGACAUCGUCUGGAGACAGAUGUGUGUGUGGCGGGUCAUCAGGCUGCCGACCCAGAAGUUAUCCAGAGCUACGUGAAGAGGAUCCAGGAUGUAGCAGAGCAAGGCGUGAUGUUUGUGGGCUUCGUUCAGCAGCCGGGCGGCGGACCGUGCUUCACAGGGCAGUGGGACCCUGAAGAGCUGUCGUCCUUGCAUUCAAGCCCUUCGCCCAUACACCGAAACCCCUUUAGCACCAGCACCAGCCCGACAGAUGUGACAGAACCACAUCAGAGUGGCAUCGAGACCGACCAUCACCCGUUUGGACCUCAGGGGUUAGAUCAUGAAAGUGUAGAAUGUAACUCGCAGCCUUUGGUGCCCAGAGAACUGGACUUAAGCUCUCUGAAACCUGCCCAGAGGUCAGAGCUCAGCAGAGAGGAGACCUCACCUCAGAUCAUCUUGAAAGAACCACUAGAAUCAACAAACCGACCUCAAAGUCACAAUAACCCAGGUGUAGACACAGUUCGUUGUUGUCCGAGUCAAGACACAGGAGGUGCCACUGAGAACCAGCAAAGUCUUGGACAGCAGGAGCGUUGUCUACCACAACACAAACUCUUGACAGAGAGACGCUUUAACCUGCCAAACCAGAGAGGAAGACGAAGUGCAAGCAUGGACAGCUGGCUCAGCUCUCCAGAACUGCACCGCAACAACGGAAAAAGGCCCAGCUCCGUCUGUACAAACGGACAAAGCCGGGAAACGACACACAACAACAACCAUAUCUCUCUGAAGAGUUCAGAGAAAGAUCCAAAUGCAUCUUCACCACCAGCACAGGCUCGGAUGCAGCUCUUUGCUCUGUACAACCACACAGGAGAGCUCAACACAUCACUGAGGUUCUACUCGCUGAGGGUGCCGCUUCGAGUCCAGAAGGAAGAAGGGCUCGUCACAGAAGUCGACGCACACUGGCUCGACCACAUGAGUCAGCAUUUCAGCAGCGGUGCGCACCUCGUCGACGGGUUUUUCCAUCUUGAAGAUAAUAACGGCAGCAGAGUUUCAUCCGUGGAUAGUGUGUUCAUCUUCCAGAGCUCUGCAGAGGAGACCACUAACAUCUCCUACGAUGCUAUUGUGGUUGAACAGUGGACCGUUGUUGAUGGCGUCAUGGUCAAGACGGACUACAUCCCAUUGCUUCAGUCUUUAGCGCCAUACGGAUGGAGGCUAAUGUGUGUGUUGCCUACGCCAAUUGUCAAGACUAACAGUGAUGGGAGUUUGUCAACCAAGCAAAUCCUCUUCCUUCAGAGACCCAUUCUGCAACGCAAGAGGAAAGAGUUCAAGAUGCUGAGCCUCAGGGGUCGCAACAAGGCGAAGAAGAACUACACAGGAGAGGAGAGAGAGAUCAGGUCCCCCGUGAUGGAGGCAGAGAUGGACACGUUGGGAAGAAACAUAAAAGGAGAGGAAGCCGAGGCGACGGAGAGCGAGGAAAGCAGAGGGAAUCAAAGAGGGAGCAGAGCUCAGGAAGGUGGAGAGGACAGAGGAGAGGACGCGUGGCAUCAGAGCGGCUCCGUGUUCCUGUCGGGGAGCAGAGUCUCCGUUGAAGACCGGGAGGAGGAAACUGACAUUGACGUGAUCCCUCUGUCCCAGCAGGAGAAGUCGGUGAGAUGGACAGAUGUGUGUCAGAGCAGCGGCGGCGACGGAGAGAUCGCGGAGAAGGGCAAGAUGGAAGAGCAGAUCAAACAGCAGCUGUUCUCCGGCGUCUGUUGAAAACGUGAGGCGGCAAUCAGGGAAAGUGAAGCUGAAACCUGAGUCAAUUAUCGAGACGAGUCCUUUAAGGGUUUUUACUUACUGUGUGCACAACCCCCCCCCCCCCAGAUGUAGUCACCUAUAAUGUAUUUAUAUAAUGUACUGUUGCAAACGCUUCAGUCUGCGCUCUACUGUCUUUCUUUGGGGUUUUAGCUACGAUAAAUAAGUGUUGUGCAGUUUUUCUGCUUCAGGUCAGUGUUAUUAUUUCAUGUCUAAUACAUGACGGACUGUACGAGACAAUACAGUAAAACCUUAAACAAGUAUCCAGUCCAAGCCUUAAGUAUUUUCUGGUAUUUUGCUACUUUCUUUUAAUAGGAAGUUAGAAAGGAUUGAGAGUAUCGAUUUCACUGGGUUUAUAUGCAAGUAUAUGAAUCUCUAACGGACACUUUUAUUUCACUAUCACAUUCUGUUGGCCAAUAAACAAGAGUUAGCGCAGAUAAAUGUUAUUUAAAAACAGCUCACUUUGUUUUUCACGCUUUCCAUAGCCAAGUCCACUACCCAAAUAUAGCUAAUAAAAAAGGGGUCAGAGGUCAAAUCAUGUGUAGAUUUUCUAAUAUUUUGUGUUAUUAUUGACGUAGUGUGUGGUACAUUUCUCUGGGUAAGUCAGGGUAAAAUAUCUGUAUCCGUCUCAACACAAUGGAAGCAGAUUUAGUGAGUUAUUUAAUCUAGAUUAUUUCAGUGUCAUACAAAUAAUUUCCUUUCGUCAGUCACACAAGUCUCUGACACUCGUUUCCACUGCUGGGUUGCAGUCACCUGCAUUGUAUUAGACAAUUUUGGUGAGAUCACCCGAUAUGGAAAAACACCCCGAGACAUGCGAGGAAAUUUGUUUUCUUCUAUUUUUGGUGAACCAUCCCUUUAAGGGGUUUUAGAAAGCAGUUAUUUAUUACUCAUUUCCUGGACUGCCUGUAUUGUGUAUAAGCAGUGAGUCAAAACGUCAUUAAAAAAGCAAAACAAGCAGGGGUCAAUAAAGUGUUAAAACA